AUGUCAUUGAAAAGCUGUGCUUUGCUAACUGCUUUCGCUAUUCUAAAUGUUGUCACAUCAUUUCCAUUACCAGGAAAUGAUUCAAAAGACCCAUUUGCUCCACGCCCUUUCACCCCAGCAGGUGGGUUAGGUACGGAUAACAGCACAAUUCCAUACUAUCAUCCGUUAUCAGAUUUUGAUUACCAGUCUUUGUUACUUGCUUUGAACCAAGAAUAUAUUGAAUUGGAUCUAUUCAACUAUGGUUUGGCAAAAUUUUCAGCUGAAGAUUUCGAAGCUGCUGGUUUGAAUUCUGCUGAUCGUGAAUUGAUCCAUUUCAUGGCCCUUCAAGAGGUUGGACAUGCUGAGUUGAUUACAAAUAUGCUUGGUGAAUCUGCUCCAGAAAGAUGUAACUACACUUAUCCAUUUGAAACUGUCCCUGAAUUUGUUGCAUUUUCCCAACAAUUAACAAGAUGGGGUGAAAGUGGUGUUUAUGGAUUCCUCAACCAUUUAGAUUCAAGAGCUGCUGCUACUUUAUUGACCAACUCUAUCACAACUGAAGCUAGACAACAAUUUGUUUUCCGUCAAUUCCAAGGAUUAAGUGCUAUGCCAUAUGAUUUUAUUGUCGGUGUUCCUCAAUCAUUUGCAUGGACUUUACUUGCUCCUUAUAUCACUACAUGUCCUGCUAAGAACCCAACUAUUAACUUCCAAAACUUCCCAGGCUUGCAAGUGACCAAUGGUCCGGAUGCUUUAAGUAAUUCCACUGGUUCAUGGCCUGCUAUUUCUGUUGUUAACAACACUUUAACUGAACCGGGUAGAAGAGUGGAGUUCAAAUGGGAAAACCCUGGAUUACCAGUUGGUAAUGUAUCAACAGAUCCUCUUUACAAAACUUUUACUUUUGUCGAUGGUCCUCCAAAAUAUGCAGCCUGGAUCUCUCAAUUGAACACAACAUACACUGAAUUACAAGAUGUUAACACAGAUGAAAACACUGCUUGGGCUAUUCAACCAAAUGCUACAGUCUUCCCUAACAGCAACAAUACUAUUGUCAAUGGAACUGUUUUCGUUGUUUUGACAGAUGAGCAAGUUCCUAUUACACCUUUCAACAUUACCCAAAUCAAUGGACAUGUUGUUGCUGGUCCUGUUCUUUACCAAGCUGACUGA